CCUCCUGGGAGACGCCGGGGGCCCGGCCCGGCCCGCACUCAGAGCUCCGCUUCUGCCGCUGCCGGGGCAGUCGGAGGUGGCGGCGGCGCCAUGGGCGGCCUGGCCUCUGGGGGGGAUGUGGAGCCGGGACUGCCCGUCGAGGUGCGGGGCUCCAACGGGGCCUUCUACAAGGGCUUUGUGAAGGAUGUCCAUGAAGACUCUGUCACCAUCUUCUUUGAAAACAACUGGCAAAGUGAGAGACAGAUUCCUUUUGGAGAUGUCCGACUACCACCUCCAGCUGAUUAUAAUAAGGAGAUCACAGAAGGAGAUGAAGUCGAGGUUUAUUCGAGAGCCAACGAACAGGAACCUUGUGGUUGGUGGCUGGCCCGGGUUCGGAUGAUGAAGGGAGAUUUCUAUGUCAUUGAGUAUGCUGCCUGUGAUGCUACCUACAAUGAGAUUGUCACCCUGGAACGACUUCGACCUGUUAAUCCCAAUCCCCUUGCAACCAAAGGCAGCUUCUUCAAGGUUACCAUGGCUGUGCCUGAAGAUCUCAGAGAGGCCUGCUCCAAUGAAAAUGUCCAUAAAGAGUUCAAGAAAGCACUGGGAGCCAAUUGCAUCUUUCUCAACAUUGCAAACAGUGAGCUCUUUAUUCUGUCAACCACAGAAGCCCCUGUGAAGAGGGCGUCUUUGCUGGGUGAUAUGCAUUUUCGAAGCCUUCGCACCAAAUUGCUGCUUAUGUCCCGCAAUGAAGAAGCUACCAAGCACCUAGAGACAAGUAAGCAGUUGGCAGCAGCGUUCCAAGAGGAGUUUACAGUGAGAGAGGACCUGAUGGGUCUGGCAAUUGGGACACAUGGUGCCAACAUCCAGCAGGCCCGAAAAGUGCCAGGAGUGACUGCCAUUGAGUUGGGUGAAGAGACCUGCACUUUCCGCAUCUAUGGGGAGACACCUGAGGCAUGCCGACAAGCUCGAAGCUACCUGGAAUUUUCUGAGGAUUCUGUACAAGUGCCCAGGAACCUGGUUGGCAAAGUGAUUGGGAAGAAUGGGAAAGUGAUCCAGGAGAUCGUGGACAAGUCUGGUGUGGUGAGGGUGCGUGUGGAAGGUGACAACGACAAGAAGAACCCCAGGGAGGAGGGAAUGGUUCCCUUCAUAUUUGUUGGCACCCGAGAGAAUAUCAGCAAUGCCCAGGCACUGCUAGAGUACCACCUCUCCUACCUGCAGGAGGUUGAACAGCUUCGCUUAGAGAGAUUGCAGAUUGAUGAACAGCUUCGGCAGAUUGGGCUGGGCUUUCGCCCUCCUGGGAGUGGACGGGGUGGCGGUGGUGGCAGUGACAAGGCUGGCUAUACCACAGAUGAGAGCUCCUCCUCUUCCCUGCACACGACCCGAACAUAUGGGGGCAGCUAUGGGGGCCGGGGCCGGGGCCGGAGGACUGGUGGUCCUGCCUAUGGCCCCAGCUCAGACCCAUCCACAGCUUCUGAGACUGAGUCAGAAAAAAGAGAGGAGCCUAAUCGAGCAGGACCCGGUGACCGAGAGCCCCCAAGCCGUGGAGAAGAAAGCCGGAGGCGGCCAAUUGGGGGCCGGGGAAGGGGACCCCCACCUGUUCCCCGGCCUACCUCAAGAUACAACUCAUCAUCUAUUAGCUCAGUGCUAAAGGAUCCAGACAGUAAUCCUUACAGCCUAUUGGACACAUCUGAACCAGAGCCCCCAGUUGAUUCAGAGCCUGGUGAACCCCCUCCAGCAAGUGCCCGUCGUCGCCGUUCCCGCCGCCGUCGUACUGAUGAAGACAGAACUGUCAUGGAUGGCGGCCUGGAGUCUGAUGGUCCUAACAUGACAGAGAAUGGCCUGGAAGAUGAAUCAAGACCCCAGCGACGUAAUCGGAGCCGCCGCCGCCGCAAUCGUGGUAAUCGAACAGAUGGGUCCAUCAGCGGAGACCGCCAACCAGUGACUGUGGCAGACUAUAUCUCACGGGCAGAGUCUCAGAGCCGCCAGCGGCCACCUCUGGAACGUACGAAACCCUCAGAGGAAUCUCUUUCAGGACAGAAGGGUGACUCUGUCAGCAAGCUUCCCAAGGGCCCCUCGGAGAAUGGGGAGCUCUCUGCCCCCUUGGAGUUGGGUAGUUUGGUGAAUGGGGUUUCAUAAAACCUCCAGUCCACAUCCCUCCUUUCUCCAUCUCGCUUGCUGCCCACCACCAUGGCCCUCAUGGGUCCAACUGACCUGCGCUGGAGCUGCUCUUAUCUACGGGGGUGGGGGGUGGCACAGCAGCUUGGGUCCCCCCCCCAACCUUCAGGAGCUAGUGGAGGGGUGUGUAACAGGGUCAUACCCCCUCCCUCUUGUCCAACCUACCCCCAGGGUGAGGGGAGCCUCCCCUUCCCUAUCAGACUGGAUGUGCCUUUAUCCUCUAAUGCCCCGACCUCUGAACACCCCCAUUCUCCGCCUGUUGGUGGGGGUGCUCCAUGACCCACCCAGAUUUGACAGUUCAGGGGGGCUUCCCUGCUAUCCCUCCUCCCAUCCUGUACCCCCCAUUUCUGGGGCCUCAUCACUGUGGAAGACGGGGAUAGUGAGGGUAUUUGUGGGUGGGAGGCAUGGGGAAGGUUUUGGAGUAGAACCAGGGGUGUGUAUGAAGGGGGGUGACAAGGUCCCCGAGGGAGUUGGGGGAUAACCUUGUCUGGUGGAUGAGAAGGCGUAUUUAUUUUUCACUGUACAGUAUUUAAAAAGAGAAUAAAAAAAUCCAAUGGC